CAAGUUUAGGGUGAGCAAUAUUCACUAUUUGAUACUGUUGGCCCAGGCUUUUUGGAAGUAGAACCAAGAAUGAUGGGAAAGCUGCGGAAAUCAAAAUUGUCAUGCCCUGAAUCAAAUUGUCUCUCUCAUCACCAAGUAGCAAGUGAGACAAUCCAUGGUGCAAACUUGGCUUUGAAACAGGUGAACUGUGAUGUUUGUAUAGAAGAAAAUGAAGUGUGCAAAUGUGAUAAUAGCGGCAUCAAGGGCAUGGUAAAGACUGAAGAUGUCAAUCAACAAUCUGGGGCUAAUAGCUCUUUUCUUCAUGCUGUCUUAAAUAUGAGUGGAAUGCUCAUAGGUCUUGGCCAGUUAUCAACUCCAUAUGCUCUAGAAAAUGGAGGAUGGGCUUCUGUUUUACUGCUUGUAGGACUUGGGGUUAUAUGCACCUAUAGUUCUCAUCUACUCGGCAAAUGUCUUGAGAGGAAUCCCCAAUCACAAAGCUAUGCUGAUAUUGGAGAGAAUGCAUUUGGAAGAAAAGGAAGAGUUUUGGCAGCAACUUUCAUCUACUUGGAAAUUUUCAUGGCCCUUGUGUCUUAUACCAUUUCACUAAAUGACAAUCUGAUCACAGUGUUCUCAGGGACAGAACUAAAGCUACCGGGGGUAAAGCUAUCUACAUCUCAGCUGAUAACUAUGAUUGCCGUUUUGAUAGCACUUCCAAGUCUCUGGUUGAGGGAUCUUUCUUCCAUAUCUUUCCUUUCAUCUGGUGGUAUCCUCAUGUCACUUAUUAUCUUCACAUCAGUGGUGUGCACUGCUAUUUUUGGAGGUGUUAAGCCUAACCACAGGAUACCGGUGCUACACAUGAAAAACAUUCCUGCCAUAUCUGGACUUUAUAUCUUCAGUUAUGCUGGCCAUAUUGUUUUCCCCAACUUAUACAAAGCCAUGAAAGAUCCAUCACAAUUCACUAAGGUAUCUAUUGUGAGCUUUGCAUCAGUCACAGCACUUUACACUGCCCUAGCAUUCAUGGGUGCCAAGUUGUUUGGGCCACAGGUCAACCCUCAGAUCACCCUCAGCUUACCCCAACACCAUUUUGUGACAAAAAUUGCAUUAUGGUCAACUGUGCUGACUCCCAUGACUAAAUAUGCACUUGAAUUUGCUCCUUUUGCCAUUCAGCUUGAGCAUAAUUUGCCGGAUUCUCUGAGUUGUCGCAUGAAGUUGAUCAUAAGAGGCUGCGUAGGCUCCUUUCUCCUUCUACUGAUACUAGCCCUUGCUCUUUCUGUUCCAUAUUUCGAGCAUAUGCUUAGCCUCACUGGCUCCCUUGUAAGCAUCUGCAUUUGCCUGAUUUUACCCUGUGCCUUCUACAUCAAGCUUUCUUGGCCUCUGAUAUCCAGACGUCUCCUCACUCUUAACCUUUCCCUCAUUGCUUUUGGUUCACUUCUUGGGGUACUUGGAACCAUUUCAUCCGCAAAGUUACUAAUAAAAAGCCUCCUUACAGCUCACUCAACUUGACAGGGCAAAUCUUUGCUUCCGGGAUUGCCAUUUUCUCUCGCCGCUUAAUAUGGAAAAUAAUUGAGAUAGCGUAAAGUCAUUUGGACGCUGAAGAACUGCAACUUCAUUUUGCUCCAUGAAUUUGUUAUCUUUUACUACUAUAUUUCAUAGAUGCUAGUGUUGACAUCAGCCAGUUGAACUGAUGACUUGCUAUACUCUUCUUGUGGAUUGAAGUUCAUAAUACACCACCUCUUUCAUAUCUUCUUCAGAGGGGUAGUUUUGUUUUCAGCUUUUUGAAAUUCCACUUCUUGCAAAUCUUUUU